AUGGCUGUUCCGCUCCAGUUUGCGCCCUUUGCGUCAGAGAUUGAGUUGCCGUUCUAUUCCGCCCUGUUCGCCUCCAAACUCGACUAUGACAAGCUUGACGACUCGGCCCGGAAUGUCCUCGGCCUGUACGAGUCUCGCCUGGAGCAGCCAGAGUCGAGCUGCAAGAUGCAGAUCCUCGGGAAUGCUUUGACGAGCCAAACCUCCCCCCUCGGAACUGCCCGAGCCGAGGGCAUCAUCAAGAACGCGAACACGCUCGAGGGCUUCAAGAGUAUGGACAAAGCUGCCAUGCUCCAGACAGCAGGGCGUCAGAUCUGGGAUGCCAUCAACGACGGCUCCAUCUUUUCCGUUCCUUCGCUCCUCUCAUCAUUCAUCAUCGUUUCGUACGCCGAUCUAAAAAAAUACAAGUUCACCUACUGGUUCGCGUUUCCAGCCCUGCACUCAGAUCCUCAAUGGAAGCGAUCGGGCCCGAGCGCGCGCUUCAGCUCGGAUGAAAGCACGACCCUCGUCGACAAGAUCGGAACCUGGCGGUAUAGUGUCGACAACCGUGAGCACGGUUUCUUUCUCGCCAAAAAGGUACGAGGCCAGGAAGCCGAUUUCGACGAGAGCGAGGCGGCCCACAAGCUGGAUUUCAAGUGGGAGGUCGGCUCUCUCUCCCAGUUUGAGGACGGCUUCUUCAACGGCAUCCCCCAAAAGGAUCAGUAUGUGGCAUUCGUCGACCCUUCAACGUACCCCGACGGUCCCGGCUGGCCACUGCGGAACCUGCUCCUCCUCAUACGGCAACGCUUUCAUCUCUCCCAUGUAAACAUCAUCUGCUACAGGGAUUCCUGGGCGAAACGGCAUGAAGCGCGGAGUCUUAUUUUGCCCCUCGAGAUGGAUCCGGUCGAGAACAUGCAUCUUGCCGAGAUGCCGAAAGUCACGGGCUGGGAGAGAUCCAGGAACGGGAAGCUUCAGGCGCAGCAGGCGAACCUGGGCGAGUACAUGGAUCCGGCAAAACUCGCGGAUUCCUCCGUCGACCUCAACCUCAAGCUGAUGAAGUGGCGAGUCGCUCCUGGUCUGGACCUGGACCUGAUCAAGAGCACGAAAUGCCUCCUGCUCGGGGCUGGAACGUUAGGUGGCUACGUGUCGAGAAACCUGCUCGGCUGGGGGGUCCGAAAGAUCACCUUUGUCGACUACGGGCGAGUUUCCUUCUCGAACCCGGUGCGACAACCUCUCUUCGAGUUUGAGGACUGUGUUGAGGGUGGAAAACCCAAAGCCGCCCAAGCGGCGGCCGCCUUGAGGAGGAUAUAUCCCGGAGUGGACGCCGAGGGCCAUUCGCUUGCCGUCCCGAUGCUCGGCCACCCCUAUACGGACGAAGCCAGGACGAGGGCGGAUCUGGAGAAACUCGAGGCCCUAAUUGACGCUCACGAUGCCAUCUUCCUGCUCAUGGACACGCGGGAGUCUCGGUGGCUGCCUACGGUCCUGGGUAAGGCCGCUGGCAAGGUUGUCAUGAACGCAGCGCUAGGAUUUGACUCGUACGUCGUCAUGCGGCACGGAGCCGAGGGCAAGGGGGGUGACCAACCAACGCUGGGUUGCUACUUUUGCAACGACGUCGUCGCGCCGGCGGAUUCGAUGAAAGACCAAACACUCGAUCAGCAGUGUACCGUUACCAGGCCUGGUGUCGCCGCCAUGGCCUCGGCCCUCUUGGUCGAACUUCUUGUAAGCCUUUUGCAACAUCCGCUGGGAAAGGAUGCCCCGGCACCGCAGCCCAAGGCAGGCUCAAUUCCGGAAAGGGACCCGCCGGAGCAUCCCCUCGGUCUCGUCCCGCAUCAGAUUCGAGGUUACGUCUCCAACUUUCAAAACAUGGUCAUUCGAGGCCACUCUUAUGAUAGCUGCAGUGCUUGUUGCCCGAAGAUCCUGGACGCGUAUCGAAAAAACGGCUGGGAUUUUGUGAAGAGAGCCUUGCAGGAGAAGGAUUACGUUGCCGAGCUUUCGGGCCUCGCCGAGUUGCACCGCCGGACGGAGGAGGUCGCGGGGCAGGUUGACUGGGAGGAUGGCGAUGACGAAAUCGAGGAUGAGGGCGAGGGCGAGUUAAUCUGA